AUGACGAAAAAGCUGUCGUCCACUGAAAAAAAGAAACGCAAGGAAGAUCGCGCCGCGGCCAAGGCGGCCCAAAAGGCCCCCGCGGAAGAAAGCGAGUCUGAGCCACCGCCCACUCCUACACCCAAAGCGCGAGGCAAGGGCAAAGGCAAGGCCCAGGCUGGGCCUUCGACCCGAGUCCCGGCAGCAGUGAGUGACGCUGCGAAGAAGAGUAAAGGCAAGGGCAAAACGCAGGCGGCGGGGCCAUCCGCCGCAGAUGAUCCGAUACUUGGAGAUCUCACUGCGACAUCGGGGGAUGACACGGCAAACACGCGGCCACCCGCCCCAGCGCGACAGGACGAGGCUGCGUCUAGCCGAGCGCCGAUCGCCAAGGCGAUGCGACCGAAACCCAGGCCGAAAAAGAAGGCGGCUGCCGCUCCUGCAGCCCCAGCGCAAGCGCCCGCUCAACCGGUAGCGGACGAGGAACAGGGCUCUCCAAUGGACGCGCGGCCAACUACACCGCAGCCGACGCCGCAGCAGCUACUGCCGUCUUCCAGCAUCCCAUCGACUCCGUCGGCCCCCACGCCAGCGCCGGCUGCAAGAGCCGGGAAAAGAAAAGCAGAAGUCGUUUUAGCCGAGCCGAACAAGAAGACCAAGCUCGACCCGCCUGCGACGGUCAAGAAACAGAUGGGGAUCGUCGUCGCGAUGUACGGGGCUCUGGGACAACUGCUGCUCCGGUGCAGUACCCUUUUUGACGACUAUGAAGAGGAGGACGGAUCGAUGGCGACGCCGGCAUUUGUCCUGGAGCUCAGGGAGAAGGGGGUGUAUCCACUUUGGGAUACGAACCCUCCUGCGGGCUCGGAAUUCACGCCGGAGGAACACGCGAACAUGCGUGCGGAGCUGAUCGGUGUGGAUCGGGACAUUAUCACUUGGGUUCACAAGACCGCCCGAGGGUUCGACUGGUCGCAAGCACCGGAGUUCGAACGCCUGAUGAUCAAGGCGUCGAAGGAAAACUGGGACUUGACGCAUUCGGCACGGUUUACGGAACUGGUGAAGAAAUCGGAAGUAGGUGAUCCUCUUGAACUGUUCAUGUCGGAUGCGUUUCAGAUGCAAGACGCGGCCAACGCCAGGGUUCCUCCCGGACAACACCACUACGGCCGGGUCAAGCAGGACAUCCUGAUCGACCUGUACCGCUCGUCGAUCAGCUCGAGUUGGAUGUCGGGGAACGCCGAGCUUUUGUUUUCAAUGCUCUUCGACCGUCAAACCGACGCGCUCAAGGCCCGAGCGAGUCGAGCAUUGAAGAGGGCGCACGAACGCUGGGAUGACUUCUUCGCGUUCUUUCCUAAGAAGCCGGCGGGUGAAGUCUUGGUGGGGGCGGACAUCGCGGCCGCGAAGUUGAGCAGUGCGGGAAAGGCCUAG